AUGUCUUUCUCGGCCGAACAAGCGCCCUUGCUGGGGCCGAGGCUACCGGCAUCGGCCGCCUCCUCACAGUCGGACUCUCCGCUUGUCCCGAUCCACGACGCGGCGGAUGUCGAACACGUUCACACGGAUGAACACCGCGCGGGUCGCGGGUCGCCCAUCCGCAGUCGGGCGCCUGGCGUUGCGCGCAUGGAGCUCAUCUCAUCGCAGCUCACAACGCUCGAGCGAACGUGGCUCUUUUUCAGCAUCUUCCUCGUCGGCUACGCAUAUGGGCUCGAGAGCCAGGUCCGGUCUGCGUACCAACCAUAUGCCACAUCGAGCUUCUCCUUGCACUCGUACCUAUCCACCAUCAACGUCUUGCGCAGCGUCAUCGCCGUCGCCGUGCAGCCCACCGCUGCCAAGAUUGCCGAUGUCUUUGGCCGGUUCGAGAUCGUCGCCGCCUCGACGGUCUUCUAUGUCGUCGGCAUGGCCAUCGAGUCCACAGCCUCGUCGGUAUACACGUUCUGUCUCGGCACAAUUAUAUACCAAGUUGGCUACACCUGCAUGGUGCUGUUGCUCGAGGUCCUCGUGGCCGACUUCUCGUCCAUGCGGGCGCGCGUCUUUUUCAGCUACAUCCCAGCGCUGCCGUUCAUCAUCAACACUUGGAUCAGCGGCAACGUCACUGCUGCGGUGCUGGCUGUUACCACCUGGCGCUGGGGCAUCGGCAUGUGGUGCAUCAUUUACCCCGUGUGCUCGAUGCCGCUGCUCGUCACUCUCUACCGCAUCGACAGGAGGCAGGUCAGCAUCGCCAAGAGCGAGAGCCCUCAAGGCUUCCACAGCACGAUGCAGUUCCUUGGCCUCAGCAAGGGACGCAGCGGUCUCUUUCACCAACUCGACGUUGUGGGCCUUUGCACGCUGGUGACGGCGUUUAGUCUCAUCCUCGCGCCUCUGACCAUUGUCGGCGGCACCGUCUCACACUGGCGGAACCCGGCAAUCAUUACGGCGCUUGUCAUCGGCUUCAUCCUGGUCCCCGUAUUUGUCGUCUGGGAGCGACGAGGUGCCAGGACCCCCCUUGUCCCAUUCCACCUGCUCGCCGACCGGGGGGUGUGGGCGGCUUUGGCGGUGCGCAGUCUGCUCAACUUCGCCUGGUACGUCCAGGGCAACUACCUCUACACCGUGCUCAUCGUCGCCUUUGACUUUUCCAUCGAGACGGCUACGCGCAUCUUGUCCUUCUUCUCCUUCUUUGGCGUCGUGAGCGGUGUCAUCGUGGGCGUCAUCGUGUACCGACUCCGGCGACUCAAGUACAUCAUUGUCGCGGGGACGUGUCUGUUUAUGGUGGCCUUUGGCGUGCUGUACAACUUCCCCGGCGGUGCGACACUCCACUCUCGAUCUGGGGUCAUCGCCGCCCAGGUCUUGCUGGGCUUGGCGAGUGGACUCUUCGCGUACCCGACGCAGGCGUCGAUUCAGGCGUCGGCAACGCGCGAUCACGUCGCCAUACUCACGGGUCUUUACCUGUCCUUCUACAACGUCGGAAGCGCAUUCGGCACAUGCCUUGCGGGCGCCAUUUGGACGCAGACGCUUUUGCCCGCGCUGACGGAAAACCUUGCAUUUCAACCAAACGGCACUCUUGCCAAGGCCAUGUAUGACUCACCGUUCCCAGUGGUCAAGGAGUAUCCUGUGGGAACCGAGAUACGCGACGCCAUCAUCCGCAGUUACGAAUACGUGCAGCGGCUGCUGUGCAUCGCCGGCCUGUGCCUGUGCGUGCCGAUGAUUGCGUUUGCGCUGGCGCUGCGGAACCCUCGGCUGUCCACAAAGCAAGUGCAGGAGGAGGCGAGAGAAGCCGAGGACCAAGGCGAGAGGUGA